CCUGCCUUCUCCUACCUGCUGCCUUUCCUACAUCCUACACCUCCUUAAACCUCCUUCAGUCAGUCCUUAACCUGGCUCAUAAUAGAACUCAGCCGUAAACAGAAAUCAAGAUGUCGGACGAAGAUAAGCAGGCUGAGAUUGACCGGAAGAAGGCCGAGGUCAGGGCCCGUCUUGAGGCCCAGGCCGCCGGCAAGAAGGCUAAGAAGGGGUUCAUGACUCCAGAGAGGAAGAAGAAACUUAGGCUUCUGCUGCGUAAGAAGGCAGCUGAAGAGCUGAAGAAAGAGCAGGAGAGGAAGGCGAUGGAGCGCAGGAAGGUCAUCGAUGAGCGAUGCGGUCAGCCUAAGGAUUUGGAAUCUGCAUCCGAAGAUGCGCUGAGAAAUAUCAUCAAAACAUACCAUGCACGUCAAUAUCAUCUUGAAAGUACAAAAUUUGACCUCGAACAUGAGGUCAAGGUUAAAGAUUAUGAGAUCAAUGAACUAAAUAUUGCUGUCAACGAUCUUAGAGGAAAAUUUAUAAAGCCUACCCUGAAGAAGGUUUCUAAGUAUGAGAAUAAGUUUGCUAAACUACAGAAGAAGGCUGCCGAGUUUAACUUCAGAAAUCAGCUGAAGACUGUCAAGAAGAAGGAGUUUACGAUGGAAGAUGAUGAGGCAGGGGCUGAGAAAAAGAAACCGGGUUGGGCGCUAGGGGCGAAGGAGGGAGAGGUUAAGGGAGCAGCAGAGGGUGAGCCUGCUGCUAGUUAAGCUGUUUCUAUUCUUCAUCAGCUGUUCUUGGAAGCUGCUUUAUGGAAACAAAAAGCUGUUCUCGUUUGCUGCAAUUCUUCUGAAAUCAGCUGUUUUUUCUUGUUUCGAAUUUAGAACUUGGAUAUCUGUGGAUUUAUGUUAUUUUAUGAAAAUAUUUAUGUUUAAUUAUCAACAUUUUGUUACUUUUAUUUUAUGAUGGAACCUAAAAUAUAUCGAUGCGUUGCUAAA